UCUCCAAACAGUUACGAAAGCAGGCAGCGUGUACUGUAGGUUCCUGCUGUUAUUGUAGGUUACAUUCAUGUCAGUACAAGGCCAUCAGAUUUAGUCGAAAUUGUUGAGGAAUUAUAGCAACCUGCGUCGUUAUUCUACAGGGACAUCGACCCGUAGUUCCUCCGUGGUUGCAUGAAUUAAACCUGCUGUGUUACAAACGGUUAACGUUAGCUGAGGCUUAGCAGUUCGCUAGCUAACGUGACAUUUCACCGAGGCUUGCUGGCAAACUUCUCAAAGGACACAGGCUUUCCACAGGUAAGUGUCCACCGGAGAAAAAAAAACAAAACAAUUCCUAUCAUCUCAAUGACAGCUCAGGAUGGAGAGGGAUGGGGAGGCAUGAGUAUCCUUUUAGAAAACAUGUCCUUUGCUCAAGUGUAGCAAUGCCAACCACAACCCACUGGAUCCAUAUAUUAGAAUAUAUCCUGUUUUUCUAUCAUUGUUGUUGAAUUUGAAGAUGUCACCUUUGGCUGUCAUCUGGUAAAUUCUGAUGAGACUUUUGACACAUUUAAUAGACCAAAAUGAAAAUAACAAUUUGUUGCAGUCUUAACUUAUUCUGUAAUGGUACAGCUGUGUUUGAAGGCAAACUUGCAAAUAUGUUGCCACCAAAGAACAUCUCUUCCAGUAAUAUUCAACAGUAACUCAACUGAAUCCCCCUUCAACCAGUGCUCCUCUUGUUUGUGGGUUUUCAGUAUUGCCGCAGUGGUACAGUAAGCCCUUAACUCAGCAUGCACCCUGACCUGUCCCCUCACCUGCACACGGCUGAGUGUAAUGAGUUGAUAACUCGCCUGAUGCAGUGCCACACAGAGCACAAUGUCAUGAAGUUCUUUGGCACGUGUAACGAUGCGGACCGCGCGAUGCGUCACUGCCUAAAGGAAGAGAGACUGGAAAAGCGUGAGCGCAGCAAGGAGCAUGCACAAGCGAUGAAAAAGAGGCUGAAGGGAAAACCCAUUGUGCAGCUCUGAAGGACAAUUCUACUGAAACUUUGCCUCUGGAGCUGCAAUUUGAAAGUGUUCUGAAAAUGGGACAUUGAAUUAAGAAUGACACUGUAACAUGCCUCACCAGAGGAAUGUUACGACUUCUGUCUCUGUGUGAAUUCAGAGGAGUGUGGAUUGUAUUGGCAUUGAAAGAUCUCACGGUCUGUUAUUUGUGUAAGUUCUUUUGAUAUUUUGUGAUUGAAACAUGAGUAAGAGGCAGUACCUCACAGCUCCAUCAAAGAGAUAAGUGUAGCUGCUGGAAGAACCUUUUCAUCAAACAUUAUUUAUGUUGGCAGGACACAUCAGGAAUAUUCUGGAAGCUGUUUUAUUCAUGGGAACAGGGAGAGUCAAUUUCAGGGUAUCAGAAAUGCAUGUUAAAAAAAAAAAAAAAAAAGACCCAAAACAGGAUGGCCAGUGGUUGUGUUUUACUCUCAAAGUAAACAUGCAACCAUGGACGUGCAUAUUGAACACACUCGUAUAUGGUUAAAAAGUCCAUUUGAAAGGGGAAUUGUAUUCAUUUGUCACAAUUUUGAUUGCUUUUUAAUAAGUGAAAUCAGUAAAUUUAAGAAUCCAUGCUUUGACGUAAUGUGUCAUCAUUGUAAAACAAAGUGUCAAUCAGGAGUUUCACGUCUUGAAAAGUCCUUAAAGGCAAACACUGCUCAUGGUGUAAAGAUAAUCUAAGCUCACAGGUCCAGUUAGUAUUUUAGAGUAUAAAUGGAGUACAGUCUAGACCUGCUCUAUAUGAAAAGUGUUGAGAUAAUUUGGCACUAUACAAAUAAUUGACAAGUCAUAUGACCCCUCUUUGUCUAAGGAUAGUGUCCUCGAGCUUUCUUUGGCUGUCUUCUUGCUCUUGGUCGAUGACCUCGGUGUUCACGUGACUGAAAGUUCACAUUUAGGUCAUGAAAUGACACCUGAGCCAUCUCCAUUUGCUGAGUGAGUACCAGGAGACGCUGUUGAGGCCUCUAAAUGAUUAGUAGUUGGACCUUUAAGCUUGGAUCCUCUUCCUGCAUUAUUAGGUAUUGUUUCCAAAGGUCUUUUGUGUUUGUUAUUUUUCUUUUACUAUUUUAGUUAUUUCCGAGUAUCUCUUACUUCCUCACAAUCAACACAGGAAACAUCAAAGUACCUCUGUCCAGCAACUGAGGUAAAAGACAAAGAUGUUACCAGAAAACAGUUCAGAAUGAAGCUCAUGUUCUUUAUAUCUGAAUCAUUUAUAAAAUAUUGCAAUACCA